AACGUCAUAUCGGUUUCACAGCCUUUUUUCCCAGUAUCAUCCUUAAGUGGAAAGAUUAGAGAGAUGACAACAGACAUUGGCAUUGAAAAUAUUGGUAAAGCUGCAAGCGAAUACAAUGGCACUACAUGGAUGGAAAGGUGAACCCGGACAUAUUGAUUUUUAAUCGUUGUACCUAUUUAGUUUGUCGAUCUCAACACUUUCAGAUGCUGUGGCAUGAAAAUUCCAGACUAUUCAAAAGUGUUCAAAAGAUUUAAUGGACCCCCAGUGAAUCCUCAAGACGAAGGUUUUUUUUCUUUCUUAAAUCCCAUUAUUGAACGAGUAAAUGGUGUAAUAGAUAAUUUCGAUGCAGUUUAUCCGGACCACUUUCUCAUGCGCUUAGUUUUUAAUGAUAUUGGCGCACUUGAACAAAUUGGAGAUGAGUUAAGGCAACGCUGCGAUAAUAAUCCAGAAAUGUCGAAUAUUGCAAAAGAGUUUAUUCAGAGAGUUUGCAUCGAUAUUCACACAACAAUUUGCAAGUUAAAGGGCGCAGAUGGUCCACAUGAACCGGUUGUUGUUCAUCAACAGGGUUAUGAUGAUCAAUAAUGCAAUUUAACGCACACAAUAUCCCGAGUUUUUCUAAAAACGGCCUCCAUUUUUUCAUAAUUGAUUUUAUUUUCUCUUAUAUCGGAGGAACAAAUUAUAAACUGAGAGUAAAAAUAAAAAUUUUCAUUGUUUCAAAC